AUGCGCUCUCAAUUCCUAACUGUGGCCAGCAUAUCUGGUUUCGUCGCUCUUUCUUUCACCCAAAGUUCUACUCCCUCUCUAGAAGAUGUUCUUGCUGAUACUGAAAACCUGAGUUCGUUCAAUGAGCUUUUGACAACCGAAUUCUCUAGCUUGAUCGCCAAUAUCAGCAAUCAGCAGCAGUCUCAGCAAUAUGUCACCCUUCUUGCGCCCUCAGACAGCGCCUUCGAUCGGCUGGGAAGUUCGAGCAUCUUUGCAGACAAUAGUACGGAAGCGAUUGAGGCAUUUCUGAACUACCAUAUCAUACCAGGAGACCACCAGUCUUCGACCGUCAAUCAAUCUUUCGGAUUUUUCCCAACAAGGCUAGAUGAUACGACCUAUACAAACGUCAGCAGUGGACAGCGAAUCGGAUUUGUGAAGCAAGGGGACGGUGAGCUCAUUAUUGUAUCUGGCGGCGGGACUCGUUCGAGUGCAGAGAGGACAGAUAUUUACUUUAGUGGAGGGGUUAUGCAUGUAAUUGAUUCACCAGUGCUCCCACCUCAACCAUUUAUACAGGCAGCCAUACCGUUCAACCUGACGGGUUUUCUCGGUGCUGGCUACCAGAACCAAUCCUUGGCCGAAUUCAUCACCCAAGCUCGCGAUGUCACUCUUUUCGUCCCGAACAACAUUGCAUUCGAAAAGGUUGGAUCAACCGUAACAUCGAUUGACGAACAAAGCUUGUCCAGCCUCGUCAACUAUCACAUCAUAGUCGGUCAAGGCGGGCCCUUCUAUACAUCUUCCUUGAUUAAUGGCACUGUAUUCACAUCGGUGCAAGGUCAAAAUAUCACGGUCCGCCAAGCUAGUAAUUCGAACUUUGUGAAUAGUGCUCGGGUCUUGCAAACAGAUCUCCUGAUUGCAAAUGGUGUCAUGCACGUCAUUGACAAUGUUCUCAAUCCGAAUGGUACAGGAGCAGUACCUGAUCCCGCUGUGGGGUCUCAAGCACCCGCCAUGACCGGGACAAGCCUGGCCGACACACCUUUCACGGACAUCAUCCCUAGCCUGACUUCCACCCUUUCAAUCGCAUCCACUACCUCCAGUACCGGUACGGGCGUCACCGGGACGGGCGUCACCGGGACUAGCAGCACGAGGAGGGCUUCAUCAACACGGAGCUCGAGUACUGGUCAGAGCACACAAACUGGGACUGCACCAAGGACAGCUAGGGAUGGCGCAAUAAUGGGUGGGGUCAUUGCUGUCUGGAUGUUCCUGUAG